AUGGAUGGCUUGUUGACUGCUGUUCAGACAAAGCGCAUCGAAGUGUUAUCAGAAACGGCGGUGCGAAGUGUUGACGCUUUAGAUCCAGAAGCUCCGUCCACCAGAAAUUUCACCAAUGAGACCAACACACCAGAGGCUCUCUUGCAGCGUCUUCAGGAGCAACCAACCGAGCAGGGGCUUUAUCAGAUUUUGAAGGCGUUGGAUCCGUCGCGAGCUGGAAACGACAGCGCGCUUUUUGACAUACGACUUCCCGGCCCACUUCAUGGACAAAUCCUGCAUAUUCUAGUUAACAAAACUAUCCCCGAUCAUUGGAGCAAUGUCGAAAAGAGCAAUCUAAAACUCCGAGGGGCACUUUUGCGAUGUUUCUCUAGUGUCGUAGGGCUACGGGCUCUGGUGGGAUAUAUUCAGAUAUCUAAUAACGCCAUACGGUCCAAAUCAGCCAAAGAUAGGGAGUCAGGGAAGGUUCUGGCCCUAAGAGAUGUCAUGUCAUUCACUUCCACAUUAUUGAAGCCCAGGGACUUUGUUUCGCGAGUCUAUCAUGACAACACGAUUAUAUAUGAUUCAGACACUAAACGACGUGUGGCUUGGUCAGAACUUUGCUCCCUUCUAUCGGGAGGAAAAAUUCUAUCCACAGCUGCUGAGGCCUUGACUAUUAUCAAGGACAACGAAGAAGGCCAUAUCAAAUCAUGGAUCAGUGAAGGGCAUGCCUUUGCUGAGUGGCUUGGUAAGAAUGUGAGCUACAUGAUGGUGCAAGGUGCCCAUGACGACGAUGAUCUCUGGAAAUUUGCAGCUCUCAUGUUCGGUCGGUCGACAGGGCUAGGCUAUACCGAUAAAAUUGUUCACGAAGUAUAUAGCGGGGUAAUUGUGGACGGUGGAAAUUCUCCUUCUUGGGGCCUUUGUUUCCGACAUCUUCGGCAUCAUGAGCGAAGCGCAAUCCUGCAAAGCAUUCUGAAAGAUAUUCAAAAACGGUACUUUGCUAUAGAUGAGAAGAGCAUUUCAACAGCCGGCUCAACCGUGGGCGGAAUCGCUGCCCUUCUCAUUGAAAUUCUCAAGGACAUCGCCAGUCCUCAAGAGACGCUUCGAUCCUGGCUGUCAAAUGCAAGUACCAAUGUGGUCACCACUUUCGGCUUACGUCGUGCUCUUGUUCUACUAGUGGCAAAAGAUCCAGACUCUCUACGGCAACUACUGGAGCAGACUUUCCGCGACUUUGGGGAUAGCUUCAGUAUCAAGCACAGCUUGAUGCCCACUCAAGAAGCAAAUGCACAAAUACUCCUGUUGACUGCCGGGUACCUGCAAAGACUCCAACCUGCAGAGUUACAUGCUAUCGGGCGGUCAUCACUAUAUCUUAAUGCUGUGUCGAAUCGAUUAGCCGCCUCCUCGACAAAAUCUCGCUUUCUAGGUAUGAUUGUCGGUAUGGCUAUCUCUGAACUAGUCGAACCACCAGGAAAAAUGAUGAAAUUUGAUCUCGAAGGAUUUGACAGCGGCGAUGUUCAAUGGUACCUUGGUUUGACCAGGGUUGACGAUAAGAUAAGCUCUAUUCAGGACUUACACCAACUGGACUUUGGAAGAGAGAAAAUCAGCCAGCCCAAAAAGACGUCCGAAGCUAAGGUUGCCUGGGCACCGUCCUCUGUUCAGAGGGAGAGUUCGAAAAUAGUCGCCAUUGAAGAAAUCAUUGAUGAUGAUGAUGAUGCCGAGGACGAAGAAGAGGGGUUUAUGCCUUAUGCCAAACCAGACAGCGACGCCUCUGACUCGGAGGAUGACCCAACUCUCGUGCAGAGAGGCAAAGUUACGGCCCCUGUCUACAUACGAGAUCUGGUUGCCUACUUGAAGGACUCUGAGAAUGUGGAUCGGUAUCACCUGGGCAUAACCAAUGCGGCCUCGUUAAUUCGCCGAAAAGCUGGAUUUGGAACUGAGCUAGUUGAGAAUAUUGAUGGACUUGCAUUAGUGAUUAUCAGUCUUCAAGAUAGCUAUUCCAUGCCAAACUUCCACGAACACCGUCUUAAAGCUAUGAUUGCUUUACUUGCCGCGCAGCCAAUCCGCAUGGGUCGAUACUUCACGGCGACGUUUUUCGACGGAGACUUAUCACAAACUCAAAGAUCGGCUAUUCUGACAGCCAUGGGUCUAGGUGCCAGAGAAGUUGCUGGUCAUGGCGAAGAGGAUGCCAAGGCUCUGGGACUACCCUCGGCUUCUGCGCAGGCCGACUUCCCGUCUAAGAAACUGCCUAGUCAUAUUCAGCAAUUCUAUGACACACAGAAAGAGGUCUCGCCCAUUGCUACGCUUACGGAGCGAUUGUCUCGAACAUCACUCCAGCCAUUGGCACUUGAUGCAGCGGACGCAGCGUCAGGGCCUAAUGCACUGAAAGUUAGAACUUUUUCAUCGCGCAUGGAAGUCGAGCGUCAGCGUCAGCUACGCGAAGCUCAGAGGAAGAAGAAAACAAUUUCGAAGGAUUUGCACAAAGACUUGACCGAGGGAUUCUUCUAUCCUUUGGUUGGUAGAUUUGCGGUCAUGCUGCAAUCACGAUCUGUAUCUUCAUCAGGCCACAACCCGUUUUACUCAGCGAACAUUCUGCGACUAUUCCUCCAGACAGUAACUCUCAUAAUCUCAACGUUAGGCCCUAACACACCAGCACUCCCAACGAUCAGCCAAGAAACACUCUCCCUUAUCUUCGCCCUCCACGGCAGCGCCGUUUCAACAGAACCAGUCGUCCUACCAGCCCUACUCUCCCUCUUCCUAGCAGUCAUCGACCUGAACGUCGCAGCCGGCUCAACGGCAGAAGAACGACUCGUCACCGACCAUGGGGUCCAAGUAAUCGAACUUCGCGAUUGGUGCAAUGAUGUUUUCGAGAAAAUGCCGGCUACUUCAACUAAGAGUGUACAAUCUGCAGAGAAGAUGGACGAGACAGAGCAGACGCGAAUGCUUGCAGCUGGUAUUUUGGUCAAGUUGGGAGAAGAUUCGCCCUUUACUUAUGCAUACUUGCUGUUUCUGAUCGGUUGCUGUGUUGAGAUGUAUGCGAGGAAUAUGCAUCAGUACUCAGCAGCAAAAACAAAAAAGAUCGACGAUGCUGCGAUUUGGUUCGAGAGGUGCAAGAUUAUCUUGACGAAUGCUAUCGAACUGCCCAGUGACAGCGAUAUCGAGGAUGUCGUCUCAACACCACGAGUUCCCCUCUUAGAAAUGGGGUCUCCAUUCUAUGGCUCUGAUAACUCGCCCCUGGUUCAAAAGAAAGAGAGAAUCGAGCGCCUGACAAAAAAAAUCAGCCGACUAGUUGACGGGGGCCCAAAUAGUUGGUAUUGCGACGAAACCGACCCUUUUACGUUAAACAAUCCCGCCCUUCAGAGAAGGUCUUUGUCGUACACUCAGCAACAACUGACGCCCCCUCCGCUACGUAUUCGCAAGGGUAUCCCGCUGCAUGUCAAUGUAAUGUCACCCUCACUCAGUUCCAUGAGCUUUGUUUCGGCAGAAACAGAUCAAUGGGAUGAGACUAUGAUGAAUACACCAAUACAACGGUAUGGGGGUGGGCUUCGGUCGUUGGCGAGUAUCAUGGAGGAUAUGAGUGAUUAUGGCUGGACACCCGAGACGUGGAACUACAGUACAAUGAGCAGUGGUCACGAUCUCAGCUUCCAACAAUACCCAGUAACAUCAACAAACUCAUUCUCAGUCGAUGACCGGAAUGGUUUUACCUCUCAGGCAAUCUACGAAGCAAGAAUUGAAGAAAAAAAGGAAGCAUUGAGGGCCGAGAUCGACAGACGAGUCGCAGAGAGAAUGCCUCAGAUAGAUGAGCCGAUCCUUGUGAACUCAUCAAGUCUUGCUUCCCCUCCAAAAACAAAAAGAGAACUGCCUCGCUCAGUCAGCGACAUGAUCCGCGAUUGUUUGGGAAAGGAAGGAGCCGAGAACAUUACGCCUUCCUGCCUGAGGCCCAUCCCGCAUUCGUCCAGUGCAAAGCCGCUGCCAUUAUGUCUCAAGCCAAAGCAGAUCAUGAGAGUGUCGGACUCGGACAAGGCUUCACUGUCUCGUCUGCAGCGUGCUUGGGAGGUGGCGUCUUUCGGCCGGUGGUACAUGGCAGACUCUGACUGUCACUCCCUGUCUCUGGUGAAGCGGACAUGGCCACAGCUCUGUGAAUCGUAUCAUCUCGAUACAUUCGCCAGCGACGACAAUCUCCUCGAAGCACGGAUCGCCCGCUUCGAUCACCAGCUCGCUUCUCUGGUCUACUCUCUACAUCACAACAUCUCCGAUCUACACCAGCUAGCCACCGACAUCAACCACUAUCGUACACUACACCUCCAGACCCAAAAAAUGCCUCCCUCCAAAUCAUACUGGAGCUUUCCAGCCUUGUCAAAAGACGUUACCGACGAGAAUAGCAACGACGGUUUCGGUGGUAAUCAACAUCCCAAUCGCGGUACAAAGGAUAUGAAGUUCAAUCUAGGGUGGGCUGCGCCAGGAACAAUUCUCAACGAGGGCAAAGCCGCGAGAAUUGAGAGAUUGAGGAAGGAUGGGUUCAAUACCGUGGGUUUACGGAAUGCGCAGCGUGGGCACAAGGGUACCGAGUGGUAUUCUUAUCUAUGUGAGGAUGCUUUGAAGGAUGUUGCACGUUUGGGAUACACAACUGCAUUCGCCUUUUUUGAAGCUCUUUGGGAGGCCGGCGUUCAAUAUGUCUUUGUCAACCUGGGAACCGACCAUCCCGCUAUUAUCGAAGCACUAGUCAAAGGCCAAAGAGAGCGCAGAGAUCAAUGGCCCAAGGCAAUCACCUGUCCCAACGAGAUGGUCGCCCUCUCAAUGGCCGAUGGGUACGCUCGUCUCACGGGAAAGCCACAAUGUGUCAUUGUCCACGUCGACGUCGGCACGCAAGGUCUCGCUGCUGCCGUCCACAACGCCUCAUGCGGCCGAGCACCCGUGCUCAUCUUCGCGGGUCUAUCACCAUUCACGCUUGAAGGAGAAUUGCGGGGCUCAAGGACGGAGUAUAUCCACUGGAUACAGGAUGUACCCGACCAGAAACAGAUCAUAUCGCAAUAUUGCCGGUAUACAGGCGAAAUCAAGACGGGUAAAAACGUCAAGCAGAUCGUGAAUCGCGCAUUACAAUGGGCUACUAGUGAUCCUCAGGGACCGGCAUAUCUGGUCUGUGCUAGAGAGAUUAUGGAAGAGGAAAUCGAGCCAUAUUCUUUGAAGCAGGAACAGUGGGUGCCGGUUACGGGAUCCGCGCUACCAUCGAGUGCAGUCGAAAUGAUUGCGACUGAGCUGGCGAAUGCAAAAGAGCCUCUGGCUAUUGUUGGGUACAACGGUCGCAAAGCCAGCUCUGUCGAGGAAUUGGUCAAGCUAGCCAACUCAAUCAAGGGUCUUCGCGUGGUCGACUGCGCUGGAUCGGAUAUGAGCUUCCCAGCAGACCACCCUGGUUGGCUGAGUUUACAUUUCGGACGACAUGACGCGGUCAAGACGGCGGAUUUUAUCUUGGUUGUUGAUAGCGACACGCCCUGGAUUCCUACUGUCUGCAAACCGAAGGAGUCGGCAAAAGUGGUUCAUUUGGAUGUUGACCCAUUGAAGCAGCAGAUUCCGAUGUUCUACUUGCCGUCUAUCGCUACUUUUAAGGUCGACUCUACGACCGCAUUCAAACAGAUUAAUGAGUACAUUGCUUCGAAUUCGUCACUAGCUCAGACGUUGAAUAGCCAAGAAGUGAAUGAGCGACAGAAACGAGUUGAAGAAUCAUACCGAAAACGGCUUCAAGAUAUUGCGGAUUCUGCAGCGACUCCUGACGGUGGACCAGGUGCUUAUCUGAACGCCAACUAUCUCAUGGGUCAACUCAAAAAGGCGGCACCUCAGGAUACCAUCUGGGCGAUUGAAGCAGUUACUCUGACACUACAAGCGGCAGACCAUCUCCAAUGUACACUACCAAAGUCUUGGAUUAACUGUGGCGGAGGAGGAUUGGGUUGGUCUGGCGGCGGUGCCCUCGGCAUCAAGCUCGCCAGCGACGACCAACAUGGCGGUAAAAACAAGGGCAAGUUCGUCUGCCAGAUUGUUGGGGACGGCACGUACCUAUUUACUAUUCCGGGAUCGGUCUACUGGAUUUCUCGUCGCUACAACAUCCCCGUAUUGACCAUUGUCCUCAACAACAAGGGCUGGAACGCACCUCGCCGAAGUCUGUUGCUUGUCCAUCCGGACGGCGAGGGCUCAAAAGUCAGCAAUGAAGAGCUGAAUAUCUCAUUCGAUCCAACGCCAGACUAUGCGGGAAUUGCCAAAGCGGCUGCAGGAGGAGAGUUGUGGGCUGGUCGCGCGAGUACGGUUGGGGAACUUGCGGAAAAGCUUCCGCAGGCUAUCAAGAGUGUGUUGGAAGGCAAGUCGGCUGUUCUGGAGGCGCAAUUGGAUGGGACGGUUGGAAAGUAUGUGGAGAAGUAG